AUGUACAAAUUCAUCACUCUGGCCUUGGCAGCCGCUGUCUCCGCCCUCCCAGCCGGAGGUUCUCCAACAGAUCUCGAGAAGGGCGAGUUCCGAACCUUCAUGACCGUCUCAGUCGACAAGCAAGUUUCGCUCAACGGCAUCAGAAACGGAACCAGUGAGAAUCUAUCCAUCGUUGGCGAGCGAAUCUCUGUCUAUCCCGGCACACAAACAGUAUCGGAACGCAACACUCAAGAUCCCGGCGAGUCCAUUAGCUUCCACGUAAACGGGGAAAAGUACGGCUGGGCAGUCACUGAUGUCGGUCACGCUUGGGGCAACGUUCAUCCUGUCGUGGCAAGAAAGGGGUAUGAAGGGGACUUUAAAUUCCACACUAGCAAUGGAGAAAUCACACAUGACCUUACUGCUACUACAAACAGCUUCAUGGCUUGCGAUAGCAAUAUUAAUGGAGUUAAUAUUAGUGUGCUUGCUUGGGGUAACCCCAACUACGAUGGCACUCUUCCUGAGGGCUGCGCUUUCACUAAGGUCUCUAUGAGCGAGCCUAAGGAGUGA